CUGAAUACUCUUUUUCUAUUUCUGGCUUAUCUUCGUCUUCCUCCUUUACGCUUACAGCGUUUACAUGGUAUCAGAGCAUCAAGCAAUCUGACGAACAGGUGCUGCGCAAGAAAUGGCGAACAAUGAAGAACAAACUUACAGGCAAGAUCCUCUGUUCUUGCACAAUUCAGAUCAUCCAGGGAUGAUUCUCACGACGACGAAGCUGAUAGGGACGAACUUCAUCCCAUGGAGCCGAUCGAUCAAGAUUUCCUUGAUUUCCAAAAUGAAGAUAGGCUUCAUCAAUGGAAAAUGCAGAAAGCCAAACAAUCCUGAUGAGCCAAAUUACGCACAGUGGGAACGCUGCGACAACAUGGUUUUCAGCUGGAUUUUGAAUUCAAUGCAGCCUGACUUAGCAGAAGCCUUCUUAUAUGCUAAAUCAUCUGAAGAAUUGUGGAACGAGUUAGAGGAGAGAUUUGGCGAAAGCAAUGGACCUCUGAUCUAUCAAAUCGAGAAGAAAAUUGCUGAUAUCAAGCAAAAUAAUGAUUCUGUUGGAAAAGGAAAUGGACAGAGACAAAAUGGAUAUAACAGAACAGAUCCAAGGAAAGGCAAGAAGAUGUGUGAAUAUUGCAAAGAAACUAGUCACUUCAAGGAGCAGUGCUUCAAAUUGGUGGGAUAUCCUGAAUGGUAUAAGGGUCCUAAAGGGAAGAAAGGACAAAAUUCAUAUGGAGGAGGCAAGUUUGCAGCACAUACCACAUCACAGAUACAAGACUCCCAUUUUGACACACCUCUGGAGGAUACAGUUAGUCAAAAGGGAGAGGGAUACAACCCCAUGUUCAUCCAACAUGUAGCUCAAGAGAUGAUGAGGAUGAUGUCUCACAAGGCUUCCACUUCAUCAAAAGGUGCCUCUUUAAAUGCCUAUGCGCAUUUGGCACGUAAAUCCUGUUCAAUAGCGUCAGCUGUGUUAGAUUCAUAUGUUGCUGAAAUUUGUUGUGUGGGAACUGGAAACACAGUUGAUUGGAUUAUAGAUACUGGAGCAUCUGACCACAUGACUCCUUUUGAAAAUAUAUUGUGUGAUGUGCAUAACUUGCCAAAUCCUAUAACAGUAACACUACCUGAUGGCACACACAAGACUGUAACCAAAGCAGGAAAAGUGAAGUUGUCACUAGACUUGGUCCUGAUGGAUGUCUUAUAUAUGCCUGAUUUUCAGUUUAGUCUAAUAUCAGUAAGCAAGGUGAUUGAUACUCAGAGGGUCAGUGUUGUGUUUCUGCCUGAUAAAUGUGUGUUUCAGGACCCUUCAACUGAACAAAUUAUGGCAACUGCCCUUAGAAGUCAUGGUCUGUACAAACUGAGGGUGGAACACAAAGGCAAGGAGAUAUACAAGAGACAUGGAAUGGCUGCUAAUACUUGCACACCUGAGCUACUGCAUGCUAGAUUAGGCCAUACUUCUAUGUCUAAGAUGAAACAUAUAUCUGAAAGUAGUAUUGAUGUUCAACACAAAUUUCAUUGUGAUGUCUUUCCAGAAACUGGGGAGGUGACAUAUGAUUCCCUGGGUACAACCCCUAUAAAUCAACCCACUUCUGAGCGUGUUCAACCAACCCAAUCUGCAGAUGAACAGUCUAAUUCAGUUCCAGAAAGUGGGAACAAUAAUGAAGAUGUGUCUCAACAAAUUAGAAGGUCUUCCAGGAGACCAGUUCCACCUGUAUGGAUGAAGGACUAUGUUCAACCUAAGGGGAGAAAACUAUCAUCACCUGUGUCCUCUCAAUCCUAUAGUCUUUUUGCUGCUUCCCAUGGCUUGAUGUCUGCUGACUUGGACUGCCAUUCCACAGCUUUCCUUGCUUCUCUCAAAAAGCGUUUACAGUACAAAAACCAGUGCGUGCUAAUGUCAUUGUAAUUUUAGAAUUUAUUCAAAAAAAAAACUUUCAACGUACUACUCUGAUUUAUUUGUUCGGAAAUGUUUUUCUUAUAUACGAAGUGUUAUUUACACUACUAAACUUUAUUCACUUUGUUUGAUUAUUUUGACUACAUAUUUCAUAUACAAUAUAGUUAUGUCAACUAU